CUUAUUUUUCUUUAGAAAUAGUAAAUUGUUUCUAAUGUGACAUAUUUUAUGUUUUUCAGUCAGAAUCAUUUUCACUUUUUAAAGAAUUUAUACCCUAUCGAUUGUUGAAUUGCAGAAUGUAGAUGAGGUUUUUGAAAUUGAUUUCUAUCUUGAAAUUGGUAAUGUUUCUAAUUUUAUGAAGAAAAAAGUAUGUUUUAAACUACUUCAAGUAAAUAAUUAAAAUCACAUUUACUAAUUAAUAGCAUAGAGAUCGAUUAAUGAUAUUUAAAGAUGCAUGAAGUCAGUCUUAAUUUAGAAUGUAAUCCAUUAGCACAGUCAAGUUUAAAAAAAAUACUGAUUGAUAAUACUAAUAGUUAUAGUCCACGAAAAAAGAAUUUUAAAGAAUCAAGUCUAAAUAAUCGGUUUGAAUUAGAUUUAAAUGAAUUAAUUUAUGGAAGUACUGGGUAUGAAGUAGUUUAUCUUGAUGACAAUCAAAUUCUGAACUUAUCUCAACAUGAAGACAUAAACAUUGUAGAUGCUGAAAAUAUUCUUAAGUUAUUCAAAGAAACUGAAAAUAUUGAAAAAGUAGAUGAUUUAGUUCUUACAGAUAAAACUUUUAACACUAAAAACUCAUUUGUUGAACUUUCACAGCAGAACCAUGACCAACAUAGUAUGCCUUUAACUAGCCCUGUUUUGAAAACAUCAAAGUCUGAUUUAUUUCAGCAUCCAAAUCUUCAAAGUUUUACAGGCAAAACUUUUAAUACCAAAAAGUCAAAGGUUGAAUUUUCACAGCAAAACCAUGACCAAAAUAGUGUGUCUUUAACUAGACCUGUGUUAGAAAAUAACUCUGAUAUAUUCCAACAUCCAAAUAUUCAAAAUUUUACAGAUAAAACGUUUAAUACCGAAAACUCAUUUGUUGAACUUUCACAGCAAAACCAGGUCCAACAUAGUAUGCCUUUACCUAGACCUGUUUUGGAAACAUCUAAUUCUGAUCUAUUUCAACAUCCAAACUUUCAAAACUUUACAGAAGAAAUUUUUAAUACCAAAAACUCACUUAAUGAAUCUUCACAGCAAAAUCGUGACCAACAUAGUAUGCUUUUAACUAACCCAGAUUUGGAAACAUCUAAAUCUGACCUAUUUCAACAUCCAAAUCUUCAAAAUUUUAGCAGUAUAGAAGGAAAAUAUUCGAAGAAAAAAAAAAGUCAAUCUAUCAUAAACACAAUUAUUUCACUUUCAGAAACAUUGCGUAUUCAGGAAAAUGAUUUAGACACUUUUGACACUGAUUCAGAAGAUCAAAUUUUAGUUGAUAAAAAAACGUUAAAGCGACUUCUUGAUUUAGUGAUGAACAGUAAACCAGUUCAGGCAAUAGCAAAGAAGGAACAGCUAUAUUGUGGUUUUUGUUUAAUAAAGUUUAACUCUUCAAUUAAUCUCUAUAAACAUUUAAGUAAUUUUCAUUUAAAUGGUAUUAAUAAAGAAAAAGAUGCUGAAAGAUGUUUAAAUAAAAGUCAAUUCUUUAUGUGCCAAAUCUGCAAAAAAACAUUUGCAUCAAAAAAUGUUCUUGAUCAGCAUGAGCUUUCCCAUCUGGAUUGGAAAAAUUAUAUCUGUACAUUGUGUGGUUUGCGAUUUGUUGGAGCUCAGUUAUUUUUAACUCAUACCAAAUCUCAUUUAAAUGGAGAAGAAAUUAAUCAUCUUACAUGUCUUGAAUGCAAUGUUGAUUUUAAAACAGAAUUGUUAUUUGAAUCCCAUUUAAAAAAUGAACACAAUUGGAAAAGUGUAAUGUUAUCUUCAACUAAUCAAUUACAAAUUAAUGAAAUAACAUCUAGUCAAGAUGCUAAUGCUGCACAAAAUAUGGAAAAUCCAGAAAUCUUUUGCAGUGAUUAUUUUAUUUUUCGUUGUAAUAAAUGUUGUAAAUGCUUUAGCAACAAUGAAAGUGUUGUGGCACACAUGAAUUUUAUGCAUAAAAAUAUUCUUUGCAAACAAUGUGAUAUAUUUUUUUCAUAUAUGACAGAUUAUGAUCGGCAUAUGGCAGAUCAUUUAAUUGGAGAACAUUUUGAAUGCUCUAUUUGUAAAAUGCAUUUUCCUAGCUCUGAAAGCUUACAACAGCAUUUUGAUUCUAAGCAUACCGUUUCUAAAGAACUCCACUCUAUGAGUCAAACUAUUACUCCACUUGAAUGCAAAAUAUGCUUUGAGAAAUUUAUAAAUGUACAAGAUAUUUGGAUACAUGCUAAUUAUCAUUUUAGUAAGAAAGACAAUAUUUUAAGUGCUAAUGAAAUCCUUGGUAAAACAGAGAUUGUACCUUCAGAAGAUGAUUGUGUAGACAGUUUUAAGUUAUUUGCUUUAAGUUUACACAAGUCGCAAUUAAAUAAUUGUAACUUAUUUUUGGAUGAAAAUCAAGGAGUAAUAUGUGUUUUUUGUCAUAAUAUAAUGCCCCUUGGUGAGCACAAAAAUCAUAUAAAUAAACAUAUGUUUUUGCCAAGCUUUAGUUAUAUGAAGCCUUCAUCAAGAGAAUUAACUCCAAAGAAAAAUGCAAAAGUUGAUCACAAUAAAAAAGUAUCAAGUAAAAAAACAUUACAAAAUUUGAAUAGUGAAGAAAUUUCAGAUAAUGAUGAAUUUGUAAAUAAUCUUUUAUCAAAAGUUGACAUGACACAAAUUUUUAAUAUCUUAAUGGGCGAACAAGACACUGAAAUGCCAAAAUCUGAAGUUUUAAAUAACUUACAAAACAAUAAUUACUUACAAAGCGUCAGUAAUGAAAAUUUUACUUUUUUUCCAGAUGAUUCAAAUCGAAACUUCAAAAGUUAUUAUGAACUUCUUGAAAGUAGCCCUGAAAAACAUGAUAUCCAUGAAAGAAAUUUUACUUGCAGUAAUUUUAACGAAGAAAUGCCACAAGAUAUAUCUUGGAAUAUGCGCACUUCUCUAAAUUCAGCAGACUAUCAACCAGUAUCAUCUGAAAACCUACAACCUUCCUUUAGAGACUGCAGAAACAAUUUUGCACUGAGUGAAAAUGAUUUUCAUAAAAUAACAGAAACUCUUAAUUUUGAUCUAAUAGAUAGUUCUACUAAGGGCAAUAAUCAUUUUGGCACAAGAACUGAAGUUACUAAAAAUAGCUUUGUUUCGAGUUCUGAUAUUCCAGAUGAGCAGCUUCAAAAUGUUAACAUCACUGAACCUUCAAGAUUUGACUUGACAAAUACUAUAACUGACAAAGUUUCCCUUUAUGACAAAUCAAAAGUGGAUCUAAAUCUGCAUUUGUCCGAUAAAUCAGAUAUUUCAAAAUUAGAACGAAUUUAUGAUAAUUCUAAAAAGUAUAAAUGUGCUUUUUGCAGAUAUUCUUCUAAUAAUACACAACAUAUACAGGAACACACUAAUUCUCAUACUGGCGAAAGACCUUUUAAAUGCAGUGAAUGUGCUAUAAAUUAUACAUCAAAAACUGCUUUACGAAGACAUUGUUCCCGAAAGCAUAAAAAUGCAGAAAAAAAAUUUAAAUGUGAUCAGUGUGAGUACAAGACUUAUCAGCUAAGUACGCUUAACACCCAUAAGAAAAUUCAUUUAACUGAAAAUCAUUUAAAAUGUGAUAAAUGUGGAUACACCUGUUACAGUAAAGCUCGAUUAGAACAACAUAUUCGAAGUCACACUGGUCUAAAACCUUAUAAAUGCAAGAAUUGCAACAGAAAGUAUGCAAAUAAAUACUAUAUGAGGAUGCAUGAGGUAAAAUGUCAGUCCAUGAAGUUACAAGAUAUAAAUAAUCAUGCAAGUUUAAAUGAAACAGCAAUGAAAUUACAAGAUUUAAAUGUUCAUGGAAGUUUAAAUGAAACAGAUAUCUCGUAUAUUAUUGAUGAGAUACCAUCUAGCAGAGAUGAAGUUUUUUUAUCUAAUCAAUCUCUUGAACAUUAUUUACAAAAUUUUGAUCCCAAUAAAAAUACCACAGAAACAAAUUUUUCUGCAGAGAACCUCGAUAAUACAUCUUUUAACAAACAAGUUUUGGAUUCUAGGAAGGUUUUAUCUAUUAAUGAGUUAAUUGCAAAUGCUGAAGUAAAUUUGCCAGAUAUAUCUAUAGACCAACAAUUAAAUAUUUGUCUUGUUUCUUUGGCUGAAAAACCUGCAGACCUUAAAUUACAACAAACUAAUAAAGAUGAUAAUAACAAAGAUGGUAAUAAUAAUAAUAAUAUUAGUAAUAAAGAGCAAUCAAUAGCAAGUAAAAGACCAAAAAGAAAAAAACGAUCUAUUUUGGGUUAUAAAAAGCACAGAAAAGUAUUUCAACCAGGGGAUAAAGAAAAGAAUGUUGAAAAAAGUUUUGAAAGCCUUAAAACUCAGGAAAAAACUCAUUUGGAAAAAACCUUAGAAUCUGCUAAAGUAAGGGGAUCAGCAAGACGAUCACAGACUAAUCUAACAUCAUCAAACUCAAGUUGUUUAGAUGAAAAUAUAGUUUCUAAUAAAACAUCAUUAGUGAGAAGAUCAGCAAGAAAAGUACAAAAUAAUCUGGAUUCUGGUAAUCCAAGCUAUCAAAUGGAAAGUCUGUGUAUUAAUAAACCAUCUAAAACAAAUCAUAAUGGUGAAACAGUGUUAAAAGAAAAUGUGGCUACUUUUCUUCCAUCUUCAUAUUAUAAUGGUAUCGAAUGUCUAGCGUCUACCCUAUCAAAUUUAAAUAGCGACUCGAACGCUAUAUCUAUUGGAUCCAAUGCUUCAAACAAAACAUUAGAUAAAAACACAGUGGCUAAUUCUUCUAAUAAACAAUCGGCGAUUAAAUCAAUACCCUAUGAAAGAGAUUUAAUUUCUAUAGAAGAGAAGACAUCAAAUCGACUUAAUAAAAAAUUUCCAUCUCAAAGAAAAUCAACUCGCAUUAAUAAUAUUUCUAAUUCUAACGUCGACCUUCGGGUUUUCUCGGGGAGUUCAGAAAAGUUAUUGAAAACGAAGCCCAGUUUUAAUCUAUCUGAAUUUACUUUACGUAUAGAUAAAAUAACGUGAAGAUACAUUUAACGAUUUAGUAAAAUUUUUAGCAUACAAAUUUGAUGAGACAUAGUUCAUUUUUUGUAAUAUUUAUUGAAACUUUUUUAUAAAACAUGUUUAAAUUUAUAUCACAAGAGACUACGAUACUGUAUACCAAGAGACUACGAUACUGUAUACCAAGAGACUACGAUACUGUAUACCAAGAGACUACGAUACUGUAUACCAAGAGACUACGAUACUGUAUACCAAGAGACUACGAUACUGUAUACCAAGAGACUACGAUACUGUAUACCAAGAGACUACGAUACUGUAUACCAAGAGACUACGAUACUGUAUACCAAGAGACUACGAUACUGUAUACCAAGAGACUACGAUACUGUAUACCAAAAGACUACAAUACUGUAUACCAAGAGACUACGAUAUUGUAUACCAAGAGGCUACGAGAUACUGUAUAAAUAUUUUAAAUUUCAAAAAUGUUUUAACGCUUGUUUUUUAAACAGUUUUUUUGAGUUAUAAA